AUGGAUACCUCUCCGCUGUCUUCCAUUCUCUCCCAUCUUCUCCUUCUCCUCCUUUCCUGCUCCCUCGUGCUCACCGGGAUGGACUCUUGCUACGAUGACGAGGGCAUCCCCAGCCGCUGCAUGCCCAAGUUCGAGAACGCGGCGUUUAACCGUUCCGUGAUCGUUUCGAACGUCUGCGGUUCUCCGCCCGAGGAUUACUGCAUGCAGACGGGUUCCACGCGCUCCUGCCACCACUGCGACAGCGCUGACCCCCAAAAAAACCGCAACGCCACCUAUCUCACCGAUUUCCACAACGACGAGGAACCCACCUGGUGGCAGAGUCAGUCGAUGUACUUCGGAGUCCAGUAUCCAAACUCUGUUAAUCUCACCCUGCAUCUGGGGAAGGCCUUUGAAAUCACCUACGUCCGACUGAAGUUCUACACCAGUCGACCCGAGAGCUUUGCCAUAUACAAGCGGACGUCGGAGACGGCGCCAUGGCAACCGUACCAGUUCUACAGCGCCUCCUGUCGGAAGACCUACGGGAAGGACCCGAAGGGUUUCAUCCGUCCCGGGCAGGAAGAGAGGGCGGCGCUGUGUACAGACGAGUUCAGUGACAUCUCUCCUCUGACUGGUGGAAACGUGGCCUUCUCCACGCUCGAGGGACGACCAAGCGCCUACAACUUCGACCAGAGCCCCGUGCUGCAGGAUUGGGUGACAGCCACAGAUCUGUUGAUUUCUCUGGACAGAUUAAACACAUUUGGGGAUGAGUUUUUUAAGGAUUCCAAAGUGCUACGUUCAUAUUUCUACGCUAUCUCUGACUUUUCAGUCGGUGGCAGGUGUAAAUGUAACGGCCACGCCAGCGAGUGUGUGUCGGAUGAAGGUGGGCGUCUGGUGUGUGUGUGUCAGCACCACACAGCUGGGCAGGACUGCCAGCGCUGUGCCCCCUUCUACCAGGACAGACCCUGGGCACGAGCAACCGCGGAUGCUGCCAACCAGUGUGUGAAGUGUAAUUGCAGCGGCCAUUCGGACGAGUGUGUGUUUGACGCGGAGCAGUACCGCGGCACGGGCAGCGGGGGGCGCUGUUUGGGCUGUAGGGGUGACACCGACGGGCCUCACUGUGAACGCUGCCGAGAAAACUUCUACCGCGCCUCAGCCUCUCAACGCUGUACCAACUGCAGCUGCAGCACACUGGGCUCAGUGAGUCUUCAGUGUGACACAGGAGGUGUGUGUUCAUGCUGGCCGAGUGUGACUGGACCGAAGUGUGACGUGUGUAGGCCAGGGUUCCACUCUCUUGCACCUGGAGGAUGCAGGUUGUGUGAGUGUGAUGACAGAGGUAGCGUAGGUGUGUGUUCUGCAGAAGACGGACGCUGUUACUGUAAGGCCAACGUGGAGGGACACCACUGUGACAGGUGCAGACCAGGUUCCUUUAACUUGCAGCAGGAUGAUCCUGAGGGCUGUCAGUCUUGUUUCUGUUUCGGUCACUCCCUGGCCUGCUCCUCCUCCAAUCACUACAUGACAAUCAACAUCUCAUCAAACUUUUUACAAGACCCAGACGGUUGGACAGGCGAGUUUUCAGGGGACCUGAAGUACCGUCUGAUAUGGAAAGAGGGUGAGGUUUACCUCUUACCUAACAGCGAAGAAGACAGUGGCUUCUACACGGCGCCGGAGAAAUUUUUGGGGAAUCAGUUGCUAAGCUACGGCCGGCACCUUUCGCUGAAGUUCUCGGCAGAGUCAGAGGAACUUCUACCAAGGACUGUGGCAGUGGUUCUGGAAGGUUCCGGAACCUCGGUCAGCGCAUACCUUUCACCUCAACCCGUCUCUGACCUUCAACAAGGACAAACUCCCCAGAGUGUUUUUACUCUCAGGUUAACUGAAAAGGAGUUGAAACCCAGUCUGUCCACAUUCGAAUUCCGUCGACUCCUCUACAAUCUGACUGCACUCCGCAUCAGUAAUGCUGGAGGUCAGAACUACACAUCUCAGCUGUCAGGCGUGAGCUUGGUCUCAGCUGUACGUUGGGAUGGAUCGUCUCCUGCUGGUGCUCCUGCCCCAUGGGUGGAAGUGUGCUCCUGCCCUCUGGGUUUUAUGGGGCAGUUCUGUGAGCUCUGCACCCCUGGUUUUACCCGAGAGACUCCAAACGCUGGAGCCUUCUCGCCCUGUGUCCCCUGCAACUGCAACCAACACGGAACCUGCCAUCCAGAAACAGGAGUUUGUGACUGCACUGACUUUACCACUGGUCCUGCUUGUGAGCGCUGCCUGGAUGGUUACUAUGGAAAUGCCCUGACAGGCAGCUCAGGCGACUGCCUCCCCUGUCCAUGCCCAGGCCGUACCACCUGCGCUCUGGUGCCAGAGACAGGGGAGGUGGUCUGUACCAACUGUCCGAAGGGCCAGAGGGGGACCAGAUGCGAGCUUUGUGAGGAUGGUUUCUAUGGUAACCCACUGGGCCUGGGCGGGGAGGUGCGGCCAUGCGUGAGUUGUAACUGUAAUGGAAACGAGGACUCAAAUGCGGUGGGGGUGUGCCACCACCUGAGCGGGCGCUGUCUGAAAUGUGUCGGACACACACAGGGAGACCACUGUGAGCGUUGCCAACCUGGUUACUAUGGCAACGCGCUCGACAACAGCCUACCGCCGUCCCAGAAAUGCAAAUCAUGCAGCUGCAAUCCUGCUGGAACAUCUGGACCACUGGACGUGUGUCACCCUGACACAGGAAGUUGUUUGUGUUUGAGUCAUGUGACUGGGCGUGACUGUGGACAGUGUGAAGUCGGCUACUUUAACUUGCGGCCAGGGAUUGGCUGCGAAAGAUGUAACUGCAAUCCAAUUGGCUCCUCUUCUUCAGCGUGUAACCCAAUCACAGGCCAGUGUUUGUGUCGGACAGGUGUGGAGGGGAAGUCAUGUGACUCGUGUAGAAUGGGUUUCUUUGGCUUUUCUUCACGAGGCUGCAGAGCCUGUAACUGUGAUCCUAUGGGCUCAUUAUCCAUGCAGUGCCACAAUAACGGAACAUGCUCCUGUCGCCCAGGCUUUGUCGGUUAUAAAUGCGACAGAUGUGAAUUCAACUACUUCCACAACCGCCUCACUCACCAGUGUGAGGAAUGCCCAGUGUGCUACAGCCUCAUCCGAGACCAGGCUAGCAAGCUGAAAGCUAAACUGCAGGACUUGGAGAAGCUGCUGGCGAGCUAUGACUGCAGAAACCACAGACGCAGACACCUCCGGUACCAGAACGUCAUGCACAGAGACCAGGGGGACCAGGGAGACCAGGGAGGCCAGGGAGACCAGGGGGACCAGGGGGAGGACUUCCUGCCCAACGCACUGGAGGACUUCCUCGCCAUUCAAGAGGCCCGUGAGGCAUUCAUCAGUCAGUUCACCGUGCUGCAGACAUCUGCACAAACCCUACAGCUGCAGCUGCGCAGUGUUUCCACGGCGAUGAAUUGCACUUUUGUGGGGGAGAGGGAAGUUGAAGAAGAGGAGAAAACAACCGAGUGCAAAGUUCUUACAGCUACGUAUGCAGAAGUCUCAAAAACGCAAUCCCAGCUGGAGCAAGCCACCCUGGAUCUCAACAGCAUGGUCAUCCCUUUUGCCAUCCCUAAAGGACCUAACCAGUGGAAUGCAGUUGUGAAUGAAUCGAGAGAGUUAGUGAAAAGUCACAGGGAAAGUGCGACCCAUAUAGAACUGAUUGCCAGCAACGCACUGAAGGCCUCAAACAGAACUUACAUCUUCCUACAGAACCUGCUGAACAACAACUCAACAGAGGAACACAUACAAGACCUGGAAGAGCAACUAACUGGGAUGCAGCAGAUGAAAGAGAACCUGACAGUAAAAGUAGACCAGACUCUGGCCCUUCACACAUUGGUUCAGAAGCAAAACGACGAUGCAGCCGCCAUCUUACUAAACAUCACGUCUUCCCUACCUGAGCUUUACCAGGCAGCCAGAAACACCACCUCCCAGUUAGACUCCAAUAACACGUCCUCCUCACAGCCGCAAAAUCAAACUGACGUCACUACAGUAGGCAACCACACUCAGAUACAGAGUCCAGAUUUGGCCGACAGAAGUGCAGAAUUGGACACGGCGGUGCAGUCCAAAGAGCAGCUGGUGAACGCAACUCGGGACGAGAUGCAGUCUCAGAUCGAAACGUCGCACAGAAACCUGAAAACCAUUCAAGACUUCCAUGAGUUAAAAUAUCUGGCAGAAGGGUUAAAAGCUGAGGCACUUUCAUCGGUCGUCACGGGAAAAGAGGCAGAGUCAGGGACCAUCGCGCUGCGGAGAGAUCUAGAAGGGAUGCAGAGGGAGUGGUCUCAGGUACAGUCUCAGUCUAAGGUGAUCCAGAAGAAGGAGAGAGUGAUAGAAGAUAAAAUCCUUGCGGACGCGAGGAAGAGGAUGAAGCAGGGAGAGAGAGCGAUUAAACCUGCGCUGGAGAAUGCCACCUUGGCUCUCGAUACGGCAAAACAAGCCGAGAGCUCUGCAAACUCUGCGCUUAAACAUGGCAAGUCUGUGUUCACGCAGUCAAAGCAAACGAAAAAGUCAUCUGCGCAGCUGGCCUCCUCAAUUCACGCCACAGUGCAGCAGCUCACAGAGCAGGAGAGCAGAGCUGCGCAGACGCAGACGCAGUUACUCUCAGACACCCAGGGAGAGGAGGAACUCUCUUUAGAGACCAUAACGAGCAGCAUGGAGUCAGCCAAAAACCAGCUGGAGUCUUACACUCGCACGCUGACAGAGCUACUCAGUAAACUGAAUGGGAAUAACGAGGUUGAGAAGUUUGACCGCAUCCUGAACGAAACAGCGGUUCGUCUCCUGAUUCUGCGGCGUAGCGUUGAAAGUCCAGCGCUCGGCGGAAAGAUCCAGACUCUGCGGGACGCUGCGCAGAAGCAGCAGAAACAGCUGCUGCAUUUGGAUCAGAGCCUUCAGGAGAUCCGCGCCGAGAGAGACAGCCUGCGAGACAUCGCUGAAAACCUGCCGAAAAACUGCCCACAGAAGUAG